AUGAAUGGCCGGGUCGUCGACCCCAACAAACAGUCCAUUAUUGUAGAGCUCCUACUCAUGAAGAAACAACAGGCCCGACAACAGCAGCGCAUCGAAAAUAUCAGGCGUUUAGUGGAAACGGCAGAGAAAUUUAGGAAACGAAAAAUAUCCGUACAAUUAGUAAAGGAUCUGUUGUUCACAACCACUCCUGAGAUGGCCGACGCUCUCAUACAACAGGUUCCCGAAGAUGAUCAGUACGACAGUAUGAAAGCCUCGUCAGGCAUUUGCGCUAUACUUUGACACCUCCUUCACAGCUACCGGCGGUCGCACACCAAACACCCCCUCAAACACCCCCUCCCGGAGCUAUUCAUCCCAAGCAAUGCGCGUACAGUAUGUCUACAUAAUUGAUGGCAAAGUGGACGUACUCUAUGCGAGAAAUUUCCAGAAACAACUCGUUUCGUCAGUA